AUGACGGGUGUGGGUUUGAAGGCUGAUGUGGAGGCUGUGCAGCGUUUCUUCCCCAGUGCACUUCAACUUGGCCUGGACUCAGGGGACGCCCAGGCCUGUCACCCAACACAAAAAGGAGUGCCGCAGCGUCAGAGCAUCUGCGGACGAGAGGAGGAGGAGGCGCAGAAGGAGGAGGAGGACAAGGCCUUUUUCACCUCACAGAAAUGCUGUGAAAAUGCGCAGCUCUCUGCCUCUGAGGAGUCACCAGCACGGCCCCGUGAUUUAAACGACAGCGUUAACUUGUUUGCUCCACUGGUCAGCUCCAGCUUCAACCGUCUGCCACAGCGUGCAGCGAUGUACGAACCAGAUGAUGACAUCGGUGUCCAGGAAACGAUUGCAGAGGAUGAGGGUGAAAAUGGUGUGCAGACUGAAGAAGACAGUUCUGAGAGAAUCAGCCCAAAGGCUCCAGAGGACAGAGAAACAGACAACAAAAGCAGCUAUAGUUUCCAGAACUCUCCCCUCAGUGUCCUCUCUAACCAGGAGGUCGAGCUUGAGUCUCGUCUGAGUGACGGCAGUGACAGGCUUUCUGACUUUAAAACUUCCUCACCUCCAGAGGGGCAAAAGGACGAGGAAAGCAACAGUGCAAAACUGAAGGACGAGAUGAAUAGCAGCCUGGAGAAAAUGAGGGCUGCAUAUUCCAACUUCCUUUCAGAUUCCUACUGGUCAAACAUUGGACUUGAUUUGAAGGUUUGCAACACCGGCAGCAAAGCAAACUGUGACAGCACCAAUGGGAGCACCAAAAGUGAGUUUGAUUGGCACCAGGAUGCACUGUCCAAAACCCUGCAGCAAACGCUGUCUCCCAAGCCUGUGUCCAAACCUAACCUCUUCAGUUCGGUCCACCUGUACAGGCAAAACAGCAAAGCAUGCGGUGCUGUCUUCACAGGAGCAAGUCGGUUCCGCUGCAAAGACUGCAGUGCGGCCUACGACACGUUGGUGGAGCUGACAGUGCACAUGAACAAGAGUGGCCACUACCAAGAUGAUAACCACAGUAGACAAAGCAUUGCUUCCACCUCCUCUUCCAAGAGCAGAAAGAGGAACUUGCAAGACAUGGAAGGGAAAGAGGACGCUCAGAAAGUGCUUAAGUGCAUGUUCUGUGGCCACUCAUUUGAUUCACUUCAGGACUUGAGUGUCCACAUGAUCAAAACUAAGCAUUACCAAAAAGUGCCUUUGAAAGAGCCUAUCCCUGUCAUCACACAUAAAUUAGUUCCACCAGCUAAGAAACGAGCAUAUGAAAUCACAAGACCUUGCUCUCCUGACUCUACUACAGGGGUAGCAGGUUACAGCGAAGCUCCAAAGUCAUCCGGACUUCCAAACGUACCCAACAACCGUUACGGUUAUCAGAAUGGUGCUAGCUACACAUGGCAGUUUGAGACAUGCAAGUCUCAGAUUCUGAAGUGUAUGGAGUGUGGAAGCUCUCACGACACCCUUCAGCAGCUGACCACCCAUAUGAUGGUCACUGGGCACUUCAUUAAAGUGACGAACUCAGCAUCCAAGAAGGGCAAACAACUGGCCUUGGAUCCUAUAGCAAUUGAAAAGAUGCAAGCACUGACUGAACCAACCACUAAUGAACUUGAGGGUGAAAAACCAUCACCGAAAAGCACGGCGUCUGGAGACUCUGAGAAGACUGUGGAGAAAGAAAAGUUACCAGACAAAGUCGAUGAAAGUGAGGACAAGGGUGACAAGCUGGAAGGUGAGGAUCAAAAGACUACUGAUGCUACUUUUAAGUAUCCAUAUUUGCGAGAGGAGGACCUUGAACAAGGGGCCAGUGGAGGGGGUGACAUACUGAAGUCUUUAGCUAAUACUGUGGCCUCAGCAAUCAACAAAGCUCAAACAGGGACACCCAGCUGGAGUGCUUAUCCCAGCAUCCAUGCUGCCUACCAGCUCUCUGGGGUGAUCAAGAACGCUCCCCUCUCCACCUCUCCACCCAUUCAGCUCAAGCAGACACUCAACAACAAGCUUAGACCAAUUGCCCCCAAGGGGAAGUUUUAUCAGGGAAUCCGAGGACUCGAGAGUUUCCAGGGACAUCACUAUGCGGACAUCAAAAAGGAGAAGGGUGGCGCUUGUGAUGGGAAGGCGAGCCAGAGCAUUAAGUUUGAUCUGCUGGAGAAUGAUGACAGCGAUUGUCGGGAUGAUUCCUCCUCCUCUUCAAAGCUGGAUGCGGACUGUGCGGGUGAAGGGAACGACAUGAUCAAAGCAAAGUUAAGCCCAGCUUUCUCUGACAGAGGCAACCCAUCACCGAGUCCGCAUGCCAGCAAUGGGCACAGCAGCUCCUCAGAGCUUGUCACCGACUCACAGGAAGUCCUUAGCAUAAACCCUCUAAGUGCACUACAGUCUGUCCUGAACAAUCAUUUGGGCAAGGCGAAUAAGCCAAGGCAAGAGAGCAGUCUGGCUGCUCGUACGCAAUCCAUAUUCUCUGAAAUGAGCAGAGGCCUGGAGAAAUCCACCUCAGUGCUCAGCCCUUCUGUCGGAAUCAGGGCCAGCGACAGCUUCAUGUUCACAAACAAUGACCAGCCCAUAGACUUAACAAAACACAAACACACCAAACCGAGCUCCUCCGUAUUGCAGUCAUCCACACCCAUGCCCCAGAAACAUGCGCUGUCUGACAUUGCUGAUAUGGUCAAGGUCCUUCCCAAAGCCACGACGCCAAAGCCCUCGAUGCCAUCAAGGGUGCCUGCAGUGAAACUGGAAACGGAUGUCCGACGGUUCGAGGACGUUUCCAGUGAGGUUUAUUCAGUCCACAAGCGUAAAGGCAGGCAGUCAAACUGGAAUCCACAGCACCUGCUCAUUCUUCAAGCCCAGUUCGCUUCCAGCCUCUUCCAAACAUCAGAGGGCAAGUAUCUCCUAUCUGACCUUGGGCCUCAAGAACGGAUGCAUAUCUCAAAGUUUACUGGGCUUUCCAUGACCACCAUAAGCCACUGGUUGGCCAAUGUCAAAUACCAGCUUAGGAAAACAGGGGGCACCAAAUUUUUAAAGAACAUGGACACUGGUCAUCCAGUGUUCUACUGCAACGACUGCGCGUCUCAGUUCCGAACCCCGUCCGCUUUCAUCUCUCACCUCGAAUCCCAUCUCGGCUUCCAGAUCAAAGACAUGAGCAAACUGCCAAUGGAGCACCAAACAAAAGUAACAGAGGCUGAACUGACAAAGGCCCUUAGUGUUCGGGCAACAGAGGCGCUGGUCACUGAGGAAGACAUUGACUCAAAGUUCAAAUGCAAACUCUGCAGUCGGACGUUUGCCAGUAAUCACGCUGUCAAACUUCAUCUGAGUAAAACUCACAGCAAAUCACCUGAGAAUCAUUCACAAUAUGUGGAAAUGGACAAAGAGUAG